CUCCGACGCCGGCUCCCCGUAUAUAAAUCGGCCAUUUGCUCCGCUCCGCCCCACAGCCGCGGAGUCAAAGCCGGUUCCCGGCUCAGUCUUGUCCCGCAGUCGCCGGCCUCCUCUUUCGCUUCAACAUGACAGAUGCCGCUGUGUCCUUCCUCAAGGACUUUCUGGCAGGUGGAGUGGCCGCGGCCAUCUCCAAGACCGCGGUAGCGCCCAUCGAGCGGGUCAAGCUGCUGCUUGAGGUACGUCCUGGGACCAAGCAAAUCACUGCAGAUAAUCAAUACAAGGCAAUUAUGGACUGCGUGGUCGUAUCCCAAGGAGCAGGGAGUUGCCUGUUCUGGCGUGGUAACCUGGCCAAUUGCAAGUACUUUCCCCACCAGGCUCUCAACUUUGCCUUCAAAGAUAAAUACAGCAGUCUUCCUGGUUUAGACAAGAGGACCCAGUUUUGGCGCUACUUUGCAGAUCUGGCAUCAGGUGGUGCCGCUGGGCAAUCCUUGUGCUUUGUGUACCUCUGAUUUGCCGUUACCCGUCUAGCAGCUGAUGUGGUAAAGCCGGAGCUAAAGGAAUUCAGGAGCCUACGUGACUGCCUGGUUAAGAUCUACAAAUCUGAUGGGAUUAGGGCCUGUACCAGAGCUUUAACGUGUUCUGUGCAGGGUAUUAUCAUCUACCGUGCUGCUACUUUUGUCUCUUUCUCUUCUCCAGGAGUGCUUCCAGAAUCCAAGAAUACUCACUCAUUUAGUCGUUGGAUGAUCGCACAGUCUGUCACUGCUGUUGCUGGGUUGACUUCCUACCCAUUUGACACUGUUCGUCGCCGUAUGAUGAUGCAGUCAGGGCGCAAAGGAGCUGACAUCAUGUACACGGGCACAGUUGACUGCUGGAGGAAGAUCGCUCGUGAUGAAGGAGGCAAAGCUUUUUUCAAGGGUGCAUGGUCCAAUGUUCUCAGAGGCAUGGGUGGUGCUUUUGUGCUUUGUUGUCGAUUGAAUCAAGAAGUCACAUAA